AGAAGACCUUUCCUCCAACAAAACAACUGGGGUGGCAAAAAGUGGUGUGGUCCAAAGCACUUCAACUCAGCGGGCUGAGUCUCAGGUGACCAAGACAGCUGUCAUUAUGAUUCUGGCCUUCCUUCUCACCUGGAUGCCUUAUGCUGCCUUUGCUCUGACCAAAGUGGUGAAGCCAGAAGUGACCAUGGACCAUUACCUGCAGAGCAUCCCUAUGUACAUGGCUAAAACAGGCACAAUCUACAACCCAGUGGUUCACAUCUGUCUAAAUAAGCAGUACAGAGAAAAAGUUCUAUCCUCCUUACCACGCCUACAGAAACGUGCACUCCUGCCUGCUAAGUUCAAGGAGCCAAACAACUUCAUUACAGCUCUCAAAAGACUGCAAGGGAACCAACUCAGCUGCAAUAUGAACAAGAUAGCCCCUCAGGGUGAAAUGAAUAUCAACAGGAACCUCCUCUUGCCGAACAUGAAAUAUCCAGAUGACUCCUCCUCCUCCUCCUCCUCAUAG